GAGUCGUGACUUUGCUUCUCCAGGCUGCAUAUUGACAAGCCGCUUGCUGGCACGUCGAGAGCGCUGGCGGAGGGAUGGAAGGGAAAUGGCGCUAUCCUGUAUGGACGGCAUGUCCCGGCCGACGGAAAUUACCCGGAGUACUACCGCACCGUCCGCCCUGCCUACAGAAUAGUCGAUAGCCAACGAGUGACCAAUUUCGGAGCUGGUCUCUGAGUGGAAAAUGGCGCUGGCGCAGGAUCUGCCAGGACGGCGAGUGUCUAUUCUUUUCGUAUGCUUGGGCAAUAUCUGCCGCAGUCCCAUGGCAGAAGGCGUGUUCCGUCAGCUCAAAGCCUAUGGCACUCUCAAUCAGCACCCGUUGAUAGCCAGCAUAGACUCGUGCGGCACAGGUGCAUACCAUGCAGGCGAUUUUUCGGAUCCUCGUACAAUAUCUGUGCUAGAAAAGCACGGUAUCACGAACUACCAACAUAAAGCUUGUAAAAUAAAGGUGCCAGAGGAUCUUCACCGGUUUGACUACGUGAUUGGCAUGGACCUAGAGAACGUGCUUGAUCUGCGAUCUGCGGCAAAAUCGCAGGGAUUGUCGGGUGGGAGGGAGAUGGAGAAGAUCUCUUUGUACGGGCGUUUUGACGAGAAGGCAGGGGAUGAAGAAGUUGAUGAUCCGUACUAUGGUGAAAGGGACGGCUUUGAGGUCGCUUAUGAGCAGGUCACGCGGUUCGGCAAGGGUUUGCUCAAACAUCUUGAGCUGCAAGCUGCGAAGGAGUUGGGCAGUGAGGUGCCUUGAGUGCCAACAAGCAGAUCUCGUGGUCACGGCCAAUACAGCAGCUGCACAGUUGGGCACGAUUUGGAAAUGUGACGUCCUUGUUGACGCCGAAGGCCACGUGCAAAUUUCCAAGGUCAUCACACGCCGUAUUGUUCGUCUAUUGGCCUGUCCAGCGAUGCAUUCACUCGCUACACCGUUCAGGCUCCGACACUGAUGACCAGCACAACCCGUACCCUGACAAUGCCGCGGAGCGCCCAG